UUUAAAUUCACUUAAAUCUUUAUACUGAAAAAAAAAAAAAAAGUCGUCAGCAGUAUCUAGACAGUGCAGUGCUUCAGCCGCGCCGCCGUUUCCACCGUCCUCUGCUCUGCUCUGCUCUCUAACAGGUAACUAUGUACCAUCUAUAAGGAAUAUGUCCACUGUGGCUUCUGUAGGCAUUCAAAAUAAGGAGGGAUGGAAGCUUCUUGUAAAUGGAGGACCUCAUGCUCAGAAAAUGGUUGGCAUUUGGCUUUUUGGCUCGCCUGCAUGGGUUUUUAGUAAGGUGAUACUUGGCGGUAUUACACAACUUACACGAUCUGGUCUUUCUAUGACUGAUUGGAAAUUUACUGGGGGGCUACUGCCUCUCUCAGAUGAGGACUGGCUGCUUGAAUUUGAGAAGUACAAGCAGUCCCCUGAGUAUAAGCGGGUAGUUGUAAAUCGAGGUAUGGGUACUGAAGAUUUCAAAUUUAUAUAUUGGAUGGAAUAUGCACAUCGUAUGUGGGGAAGGGCUCUGGGUAUUAUGUUUGCAUUGCCAUUCUCAUAUUUUCUUCGUAAGGGGUAUAUUACCUUACAGCUUGGAGUGAGACUUUCUGCUCUUUUUGCCCUUGGUGCUGGGCAGGGUUUAAUUGGCUGGUGGAUGGUUAAAAGUGGAUUAGAGGAGCCACCAACUGAGUAUGCUCAGCCAAGAGUAAGUCCUUACCGUCUUGCAGCUUAUCUUACUUCAGCCUUUGCUAUAUACUGUGGCCUUUUAUGGACUGUUCUUUCUGUCGUCAUGCCUGAACCACCUGCUGAAUCGCCAGCUUGGGUUCGUGGGGCAGCAAAGGUGAAGCGACUUGUCCUCCCUGUAAGCUUAAUUGUUGGAGUAACAGCUGUGUCAGGAGCAUUUGUUGCCGGGAAUGAUGCUGGGCAUGCCUAUAAUACCUUGCGUAGGCCAUCAGCGUCCCUUCUUAAAUCACUGCCUCAAGUUGCAAAGACAAUCUAGACGACUUUGCAGUACAAUUUUGUGACAGUUGGACAUUUUUUCGGGACAAACAGUAUCUCUUCGGUUCUUGUGUUGUACGUAAAUCACCCCUUUACAGAGGGAUUGUUUUGCAAAUGUGCAGAAAUGGUUCUUCUGUUUGUAGUUGGAAAUAAUACUCAGUAUAAGUGAGUGAUCCGUCGUCGUUUUGUAGCAGCAUAGACGCCUUUGGGCAACACAACACAGUGGUAUCUCCACAGGAACUGUAAGCUUGCUUUUCUUGGUUUACAGUAUACCUUAAUUACAUGCAAUUAUGCAAAUGCAAUUUGGUCCAGAAUGUACUUAGAUGUAGUUUCAAGAAAAAUUAUUGGAAUUAA